CAGCACUGUAAAUUAAUUCAAAAGUCAACAGUAAUUUUAUAAGCAGAAGAUUUGUUAUCAGCUUGAAAUCUGGAGUACUGCAAAUAUUAAUAGAGACAUUAGGCUAAGAAUGAAGAUGAGUUUGAGUUCUGUAGAGAUGGAGUGGAGUUUCCUUGUUUUUUCCAGCACCAUCUUUUUACCAAUGUUGUUCUUCAUAUUCUACAAAAGAAGGCCAAAUUACAGCAGGCUACCUCCAGGACCACCUGGAUGGCCAUUAUUUGGUCACAUAUUCCAACUUGGAACUGCACCACAUAGAACCAUAGCCGGACUCAAACAAAAGUAUGGCCCCGUUGUGUGGUUAAAGAUUGGUUCAGUCAACACGAUGGUUAUACAAUCUGCAGAUGUAGCCAAUGAAUUUUUCAAGAACCAUGAUCUCUCAUUCAUCAACCGCAACAUUACUGACAUCUUGAGGUCAAAGAAUUACCACAAAGGUUCCUUGGCGUUGGCUCCAUAUGGCGUCUAUUGGCGGGUGAUGAGACGGCUCUGCACGGUGGAAAUGUUUGUUAACAAGAGAAUCAACGAGACCGAGUCUUUGAGGAGAAAGUGCACUGACAAUAUGCUCUUGUGGAUAGAAAAAGAAGCCAACUCUGUGGAAGGAAGGAGGAAUGGUAUUCAGGUGGCACGAUAUGUUUUCUUGGCAUCGUUUAACAUGAUCGGGAAUCUGAUGUUGUCCAAAGAUUUAGUGGAUCCAGAGUCGAAAGAGGCUUCAGAAUUCUUUGACGCCAUGAAGAGAAUAAUGGAGUGGGGUGGCCGUCCAAAUAUUUCAGAUUUAUUCUCUUGGCUUAGAUGGCUUGACCUGCAAGGUCUAAGAAGAAAAAUGGACCGUGAUUUGGGGAAAGCAAUGGAUAUUGCCACAAAAUUUGUCAAGGAGCGUAUAGAAGAACGUCUGGCAGGCGGACCGACGAGGAAAGACUUCUUGGAUGUGUUGCUUGAUUUUGAAGGAAGCAAGAAUGAACCUGCUAAAUUAUCAGAACUGGAGAUUAACACAUUUAUCCUGGAAAUGUUCUUAGCUGGUUCAGAGACUUCUAGCACCUCCAUCGAGUGGGCAUUGGCGGAGCUCCUACGCAACCCGAAAGCAAUGGUCAGGGUUAAAAACGAGAUUUCAAGUGUGGUAGAAUCAAACAGGAAAUUCGAAGAAAGUGAUAUCGGUAAACUUCCUUACUUGCAAGCAGUUAUCAAAGAAACCCUACGCUUACAUCCUCCCGUUCCUUUCCUCGUACCUCGGAAGGCAAUUCAAGACACUAAUUAUAUGGGAUACUUGAUACCCAAAGAAACACAAGUUUUUGUUAACGUUUGGGCCAUUGGAAGAGACGAAGAAAAUUGGGAGGAGCCUUGGGAUUUUAAGCCGGAAAGGUUUUUAGGCUCCAAUACUGAUUUCAAGGGACAACAUUUUGAGUUCAUACCAUUUGGUGCAGGCCGAAGGAUUUGUCCAGGUCUUCCAUUAGGCCAUCUUAUGAUGCACUUUUUGUUAGGCUCAUUGCUUCACGAAUUUAAUUGGGAACUUGAUUUUUCGAAAAAUCCAAACACCAUUGACAUGAAUGAGUUGAUUGGAACCGUUGUGCGAAAACAGGAACCCUUGAAGGUGGUACCAACAAAACGUGUUAGUUGAUUCAUCUUGUAAUAGACCUAUAUAUAUAUGUGUGUGUGUGUAGUCAGUGACGGAUCCAGCCGGGCUACAAAACAAAAAUAAAUGAAUUUAUCUUAAUAAAAUAAAAAAAGAAUAAAGUAGACAUUUUCAGGGGCGGACACGGGUUAUAGCAUGGUCGCGCCCGUGCUUGUAUCUGUCCCUGGUGUUAGUUGAUUAAUCUUGUAAUAGACCUACAAUAUAUAUAUAUAUAUAUGAGUAUCUGCUUAUUUGGAUGAACAAUUUGAUGAU